AUGCCUCUGAAGCACUACGAACUCAUGAUCCAAACUAACGACCCUGGUCCUGAUCUUGGAGGUCCUCCUGGCUCUGAUGAGGGUACCGUCCUGGAAAUCGCCCAGAAAGCGGGUGCCUCUGGCGGUCGGAACUUAGUUGCACCUCCGAUCCACCCUGCGAUGUAUCAUAUCAAAGUUGAUGUCAACUCAUCUGGCGGCGCCGAGGAGUAUAGGGGGAGAUUUCGGCAAGCUUGGUGGGAAGGCAAGGAUUCAGAGGGCAAUCACCUCCCUUCUGCUUCAGUCAUGAUUGGCGAGGCAGAUUAA